AUGAGGAACUGUGGGAGCACCUUCAACGACGUCCAGCAGGUCUCAGGGGGGAGUCAUGAAGAGAUUCCCUCCAAGCAGCAGGAGUGGAGCUCCAGUGUGGGACAGAAAGAGCUACAGGCCCCCUCCCACAUUAAAGAGGAAGAUGAGGAACUGUGGGAGCACCUUCAACGGUUGGAGAAGAUUAAUGAUGAAGAUGAAGCUCAGUCCUUACAGCUUCAUCACAGUCAAAGUGAGGAGAACAGAGGGGCGGAGCUUGUAAGUCAACACAUCACAGAAGCUGAUGGAGAGCAUUUUGAAGAUAUAAAGUCAGAACCAGACAACAUCUUUGCUCCACUGUCAGACAUGGACCACAUGAUGUCAGACUCUUCUGAUCACAGUGACCACAUCCAAAAACCUUUGGAGAGUAAAAAUGACUCUAAAGGUGAUACGAGACAUCACACUAACAACAAACACUUUGACUGCUCUGAAUGUGGGAAAUCAUUUAGACAGAAGAGUCAUUUUACAGAACACAUGAGAAUACAUACUGGAGAGAAACCUUUUACUUGCUCUGUUUGUAAGAAGAGUUUCUGCACAAAGCAACACAUGACCAGACACAUGAGAACACACACUGGAGAGAAACCUUUUGCUUGCUCUGUUUGUAAGAAGAGUUUCGCCAGAAAGCCUGACAUGACCAAACACAUGAAAACACAUACUGGAGAGAAACCUUUUACUUGCUCUGUUUGCAAGAAGAGUUUCUCCAGAAAGCAAAAUAUGACCAGACACAUGAGCACACACACUGGAGAGAAACUGUUUGCUUGCUCAGCUUGUGCUAAACGAUUCAACACUAAGUAUGAAAUUAUAUCACACAUGAGAACACACACUGGAGAGAAACCGUUUGGUUGCACUCUGUGUGAUAAAAGGUUCAGGUUUAAGAAGCAGGUCAAUAAACACAAGUGUGUAACAGUCAUGGAAGCUGCAGGGAUUUAAAAACACUUAAACAGUGAUUGUGCUAAAUGUACUUUAAAAACACAGAAUGUUUAAUAUGAAUGUAUAUUUGAUGUUGUAUGUAGUACGUCUCAUCUUCAACUGUUAUAUGUUGUCCUGUACUUACUUCUUUAGUUGUGUGGAUUUAUUGAAUAUCUAAUAUUUUGCUACUAUUUUAUUUUUUUUCUCAUCUUUGAAAAGAGGACAUCUUAUUAUAUGAAUUUGGGUUUUUUUUGUCUCUUAUAAAUCCACACAUUUUUUCAAUUGCAUUUUGUUGAUGUUAUUGUCCAAUUGAAAGAAUGAAUGAAUACAAUUGUUAACAAAAUGUGGACUUUAGUAGAUUAGCAGCAUUGUUACAUCAUGGAUGUUAACUUCUGCAAAACAUCAACAAAGAAUAAAUAUGCUGAAGUUAGCAACACAUCACUGAACUUUAGAGCCAUCGUGA